AUGAAUACUUGUCAGAGUACGACGAAGAUCGUGGUCGGUAUCGACUUUGGCACCACCGCCACGCGCGUGUCUCACGCCGCUUGGGGUGGGCGAGAGCCCGAUAUUAGCCAGGUCGGGCAUGUCUUCUUUGGCCCAGGCAAGAUCUCGAUACCUUCGAAACUAGCCUACAAGGACGGCGCUAUUCGUUGGGGAGAGGCUGCAGACACCGAAUAUCCGUGUCACGUUUCGAUCAAGCAUCUUCUCAACGGCAUGUUGGAUCAAGAAACAAUAGCAAAUACCCCACAGUUUGCCGGGCUUGAGACUCUGCAGUUGCCUGCCGACAUGACCCCUCAGCAAAUCAUCGGGGAUUUUCUCCGAACGCUGCGUGGCCAUAUUUUGGAACAACUGGCAUCUUCUUACCAUGAAAAGGGGCUUUCCGUCGAAUAUUAUUUUACAGUUCCCGCAGCCUGGUCAGAAGAUGGACAGACUCGCAUGCGGGAGGCCAUUACUAUCGCUGGGUAUGGUACCAGGGUCUUCUUCAUAAGUGAGGCCGAGGCGGCGGUUGUUUUCCUCCAAAAGGCUAUGCCUGGGCUACUGCCCAUGGGCCAUUACUUGGUCUGCGACGUCGGUGGUGGCACCACGAACUAUAAUAUCUUGACAGCAGCUAGCGGUAUGUAA